GCGUGUCACGUGGUGCGCGUGUCGAAGGUCACGGCGCGCUCACAAUGGAGCUCUCGGAGUAUGUGCAGAAAGGCGUCCAGAUGCUGGCGGAUCCCCGCUCCUUCGACUCCAACGCCUUCACGCUUCUCCUCCGGGCGGCUUUCCAGAGCCUGCUGGACGCCCAGGCGGAUGAGGCCGUGUUAGAUCACCCAGAACUGAAACAUAUCGAUCCACUGGUUUUAAAACAUUGUCAUGCAGCAGCUGCAACUUACAUACUAGAAGCAGGAAAGCAAAGAGCUGACAAAUCAACUCUGAGCGCUUCUCUAGAAGAUUGUAAAUUUGACAGCGAGCGAAUAGAACUGUUUUGCACGGAAUAUCAGAAUAAUAAGAAUUCCCUAGAAAUUCUACUGGGAAGCAUAGGCAGAUCUCUCCCUCACAUAACUGAUGUUUCUUGGCGUUUGGAAUAUCAGAUAAAGACCAAUCAACUUCAUAAGAUGUACAGACCUGCAUAUUUGGUGACCUUAAAUGUAGAGAAUACUGAUUCACGAUCCCACCCAGAGAUUAGUUUUAGUUGCAGCAUGGAACAAUUACAGGAUUUAGUGGGAAAACUUAAAGAUGCUUCAAAGAGCCUGGAAAGAGCAACUCAGCUGUAACCUGGAAAUGUUGACGAUCUGCCCGGUCAGAAGGAAGACCAGAAAUGUGUCGCUGUCGGCCGAACCAUCGUUUGUGCGAACUGGAUGCCCUCCUUUGUAGUAGAAAAGUUUUUCUUUUGAAUUUAUGCCACUCAUCAGUUUUGACACUUAUUUUUUUUUUUGCACUGUGCAAGUGUUAAGAGGGAAAUUCUGCUUAAGUGAAUCAUCUUAGCGUUACCUGUGCAUUGACCCAUUUUGAUCCUGUUUUCAAGUGUUACGAAAGGAAAGACAGUAUUACCCUCUGAAUAAAUAAGUUGUUUUC